AUGGAAGACAGGAAUCAGACGACAGUGACAGAAUUUCUGUUUUUAGGCCUCACAGAUCAUCUCCAUCAGCAGAUUGUCCUCUUUGUCAUGCUUCUCUUUGUCUAUCUUGUCACACUGGGAGGGAACUUGGGCAUGAUCACUCUCAUACGGAUCGAUCCCAGACUCCACACACCCAUGUACUUCUUUCUCAGCCACUUGUCCUUUGUAGACACUUGUUCCUCUUCUUCCAUUGCCCCCAGGAUGCUGGGUGACAUCUUUGCAGAGAAAAGAAGCAUCUCUUUCAUGGGCUGUGCUGCACAGAUGUGGUUUUUUGGCCUUUUUGUGGCGAUGGAAUGUUUCCUCCUAGCUUCCAUGGCAUAUGACCGGUACAUGGCCAUCUGUAAGCCCUUGUUGUAUACACUCAUUAUGUCCCAGAGGGUCUGUGUGCAGCUGGUGGUAGGGCCUUAUGUCAUGGCUCUUGUAAGCACCAUGACUCACACAGUUCUCACUUUUGGCUUACCCUUCUGUGGUUCAAAUAUUAUCAAUCAUUUCUUCUGUGAUAUUUCACCACUGCUUUCACUGGCAUGUGCAGACACCUGGAUCAAUAAGGUAGUGCUUUUCACCCUGGCUGGAGCUGUAGGAGUAUUCAGUGGCCUGAUCAUCACGAUCUCAUACAUUUGCAUCCUGGUGGCCAUCUUGAAAAUCCGGAGUGCGGAUGGGAGGCAGAAAGCUUUCUCCACAUGUUCCUCUCACCUGGCAGCCGUAUUCAUCCUAUAUGGGACUCUUUUCUUUAUCUAUGUUCGGCCUGGCUCAGGUUCCUCCCUAGAUAUCAAUAAAGUGAUUUCUCUAUUUUACACUAUGGUCAUCCCUAUGGUGAACCCCCUCAUCUACAGCUUGAGGAACAAGGAAGUAAAAGAUUCAUUCAAGAGGAAGUUUGAAAGUAAAACUUUUCUAAUAGGUAGGUAG